UAACGAGACUUCACAUCAUCGCGAGAUUUCACAGCUCGGUCAGCUGUAGAUCUGUGGAGGACAGAAGAGACCGACGCUGCUCCUCUGAUCAGGAACAAUAGCGCUGCUCUAUCAGCGUCCAUUUAAAGUAAACUCAAUAUUCUUUGAUUGCCUUUCUGUUUUUUAUUUAUUCUUCAUUGCCCCUCCUCCAUCUGCAACUCUCCGCUGGGGAGUGUUCCCAGGUCGGAUAUUUCCAACCCGGGUCCCUCUCAGCUGGACCUCCAGGAAGCUCCUCCUGAUCCGAACCAUUUCAGCUCCCUGCGGAAUAAAAUCAGCAAGACGUUCUGAUCAGAUUAUUGACAAAUCUGAUUUUUAUGUGAAAUCUGACCUGGAGCGGUGCGGCUCCUUUCAUGAAGAAAGAAAUCUUUGUUUUUACUCCACUUUUGUUCUUUACAAGUUCCAUUUAGAUAACUUUGGCAUCGGCUAUGUAGCGUGGAGGCUGGAUUUAACCAUCUGUGUUUCAAUAAAGUUGUGUGUGCCUGGACUCUGCUCUCACCUGCACACUCACCUGUACACAAAGAGCCGUGGCGCUGAUGGAAAACCUGCCUCUUCUAUUUCUAUGCUCGGAAGCGAGCCGGAUCCUCGGCGCAUGCGUACAUUCUAAAAUACGAUUUGCACAACGGUCCAGCAUCAAAGAUGGCGGGAGCCUCCGACCCACUGGAGGACAUGCUCUUCAAUGAGGUGGACGAGAAGGCGGUGAGCGACCUGGUCGGUUCUCUGGAGUCUCAGCUGGGCGACCGAAAGCCUCCUACGGCUCCUUUUUCCGUCGGGAAACGGGACGCGGCUCCGCCCGCCGCGGGCCACUUCUCAGGGAAAGUGCGCGGAGCGGAGUCCGCGGAGCAGCCGCAACAAGGGCAUCCCGGAGCGGGGCUGACACCGGAGCCCGUCGCGAACGAGUCGCUCUCCGGCAAACCGCUCACCUCGUCUACCUCCGCCGUGCCCGCCGGCGCCGCGGUCACCGCGGGAGCCAGCCUACACACGGUCGGAACGCCUCCGCCCGCCGGUUCACCCGGACCGGGACCUCUGAGCGCUCAAGCUGCCGUCGCUAGCUUCUCCCGUGUUGCGGUCCUGGGUCCGAGCGCGGCUCCCGGCGCCGCCACGGUUCCCGCGGCGGAGGCGGUCAGAAGCUCUCCCCCUGGAUUACAAAGUUUGAACGGCGGCACCGGAGCCGCGAAGUUGAUGAACUCUCCGGGUGUUCCUCCGCCCACCGGGGCAGGCUCCGCGAUCGUCGCCUCAGUUUCUUCGCAGCCCGGCUUUCCUGUACCUCAGACCUCCGGGGGCUCUCCCUCCGCGACCCUGCAGAGGCUCCCCAGCCCGGUGACUAGCGUGGCCCAGAACGGGCUCGACCCGCAGGGCGCCCCGUCGGCGGCCCCCUCCGCCUCCACCUCUCAGGUCGUGAACCACAGCAGCCCUCUGAUGCACGCCAAGGUGCUCGUGCCCAGCCAGCCCGCCGCCGGAAGCUCAGUCAUCCUGACCGGGACCCCCCCUCCGGCCCAGUCCCCCAUCAGCCACCCUCAGACCGGGACCAGCACGUCGCCCUCCGCCGGGGCCAAGCCCGCUGUUAACGGGGUGUCCCAGCCGGCCGUGGCGGUGGUGAGGCCGCCGGGCCCCGCUGUGGUGGCCACCUCCAUCCAGCAGCAGAGACCCGGCCUGGUGGCCAACGCCACCCGGGCGACCGCCCCGCAGUCUUCGCUGGCUGUCCGGCCCCAGCAACAAGCCACCAUCCAGCUGCCCCAGGGCUUCACCAUUCCCCCAGGUAUGGUUCUGGUCCGGACUGAGACAGGCCAGCUGGUAUUGGUCCACCAGCAGGUCCUGGCUCAGGCUCAGGGCAAGACACAGCAGAGCCAGACAGUGACCAACAUCACGCAGAGACCAGCGACGCCGACAGCCGGCGCCACAAUCCGGGUCAGCACCGCCACCACGGUGCCGGGUACGCCUCAGACGGUACGCCUGGCCACGCCUGCUCAGACCAGAAUGAUUCAGCCUCCCUCCACCACCACCGCAGUGCAGAAGACCCUCGCAGUGGCGCCUGGAGGUGCUACGGUGUCGGUAAAGAUGACGACCCCCCAGAAGCCGACGACGGUGAUCGCGGCGGGGGGGACGCCUGUCGCCAAGCCUGCCGGCGUGCCGUCCACCCCCCUGACUGGCGCCACAUCCGCACCCACCCCUUCGGCCGCCUCCAGAGUCACUGUGGUGUCCCAGGAGAUGCAAGAAAACGUGAAGAAAUGCAAGAACUUCCUCGCCACGCUCAUCAAGCUGGCAUCUCAUAACUCCCCCUCCCCAGAUACCUCUAAGAAUGUGAAGGCCCUGGUGCAGGACCUGCUCGAUGCCAAGAUCGAGCCUGAGGAAUUCACCACUCGGCUGCAGGCUGAGCUGAAGUCCUCCCCGCAGCCCUACCUCAUCCCCUUCCUCAAGAAAAGCCUCCCUGCCCUGCGGCAGACUCUGCUCAACAGCCAGCAGUCUCUGAUGACAGUCCCCCCCAGCACCUCAGCAACCCCUGUGGCCGCCCCCAGCUCCGUCGCCACCGCCGCCAUCAGGCCGCGGCUGCCCAUCAGCCCGGCCGGCACCACCGUCCGUCUGAACCCACCCAUCGCGAGCACGGCAGCUCUGCCUGUGUGCAGACCUGGAGUGCAGACCAUGCAGCCUCGUGCACCUGUUGUCUUCAGACCUCCGGCUACGCUGCAGGUGAGAGGACCCACGACCAUCAUCAGCAAAAGUCCUGUGAACCUGGCAGCUCAGGCCAAUCAGAAGAAGCUGAGUGACCCGGGGGGCGGCACGUUCAGAGAUGACGACGACAUCAAUGAUGUGGCUUCGAUGGCCGGCGUCAACCUCAACGAGGAGAACGCCCGAAUCCUCGCCACCAGCUCUGAGCUCGUGGGUACGAAGAUCCGCUCGUGUAAAGACGAGUCCUUCCUGCCGACUGGCCUGCUGCUCCGCCGCAUCCUUGACACAGCUAAGAAGUUCGGUGUGACGGAGGUCCCGCCGGAAGUAGUGAACCUCAUUUCCCACGCCACGCAGUCCAGGCUGCGCACCCUGCUGGAAAAGGUUUCAGUCAUCGCUCAGCACCGCACGGACGGCGGGAAGGAUGAAGAGCGUCACGAGCAGACGUCAGACGUUCGCUCUCAGCUGCGUUUCUUUGAGCAACUGGAGCGUUUGGAGAAACAGAGGAAAGACGAGCAAGAGAGAGAGAUCCUGCUGAAGGCCGCCAAGAGUCGCGCCAGACAAGAAGAUCCUGAACAGGCUCGACUCAAACAGAAAGCUAAAGAGAUGCAGCAGCAGGAGCUCGCUCAGAUGCGACAGAGAGAUGCCAACCUCACGGCGCUCGCCGCCAUCGGGCCGCGCAAGAAACGCAAGCUGGACUCGCCGGGCGGAGCCGGCACAGAGGUGGCCUCGGGCUCGGCCGCCGGCUCCUCCGCGGCCGCCUCCUCCCGCCAGCAGCCCCGUCAGCGGAUCACACGAGUUAACCUCAGGGACUUAAUCUUCUGUAUGGAGCAUGAUCGCCCCACAGCUCGCUCUCUGAUACUCUACAAGGCUCUGCUGAAGUGAAGAGGGAGCUGCCGCCGCAUCCUCGCCCCAGUCCUCAAGGGGAGGUGUUCCAUUCUGGUCUUCUUCAGUCCCUGCAGCACCUUUUAAUCUUUCACCCAAACGCUCAGCUCUGCUUUUACAAUUAUUUUUAGAAAAAGGCGUCUAAGUCGGUUCGUCCGGUUUUAGACUGCACGUCACGUCUCGGCUCUGCGUCUGUUAGAGGAGCACUCCACCAUCAGCAGAAGCACUCAGAUCAGGCCAAUCAGGACUCACUCAUGGAGAAACAUCAGGAAAGCAGCAUGUUUCCAAGCUGAGUAGCUGCUUCUGAAUCCAGAUCCAAACACACAGGUUACAGCUGCUCUAAAUUAGCUGAUCGGACAGUUUUGGAUUUUAAUUGGCUCUAAGGCUCGGUUGUUGACUGUCAGAAAUGGUUUUAGUGCUUGGCUGUUCGUUGAUAUGGUCUCAAACGCACCGUGAAACUUGGCCUGUAUUCAACUAGAAACAUUUGCUUUUAUCAAAGCUGUGGCCAUGCCCAUGCUGUGAUGUCACCCCUAUGAGUGAAUCCAGCAUUGAUGGCGACUCAGGUGGAACAAACUGCUGCUAAAUAUUGUUUUAAAGUUUUAAAUCAUGUUGUGACCAGGAACUAAACUGCCUUAUUAAGUCUGUCCCCUCCAUUACCCACAAGCCAGCUGGACCUCUAAGAGCUGGUUUGGAGAUUUUCUUUGCAGAUGAAACCAUCCUGAGGAACAUCUCAUGUAAUUAUGCUCGUAGAUUACUUGUUGAAGCAAAAACUGUUUCUUUGCAAAGCUCAGCCUCUGGGUUUCAUCCCCAAACAAAACUGAUGCUCUCUGUGGAGUUCCUCAGGGCUCAAUCGUAGGUCCUUUUUUUUUCUCCAAUGAUCCUCUGAAUGUUUGGCAGCUGACACUUUCUUUGCAGAUGAUGCUGUGGUUUCUCUCUCACCCAGAAACCUUUAAUUAACGGCUUCUCUUAGGCAGAGAGAUUACUCAUAUAAUUAAUUAGCUAAUUGAAAAAAAAGUAAAGCAUCUCCGAGGUCAGUUUCAGGUGGAGUGUUCCUGUGACGUCGGUAUAAAGCGAGCUAAAAUGAAGAGUGUGUGGCGUGAUGCUGAGCUUCUUUGGUAAGAUGAGGUGCCAGGAUGAUUGAGCGCCUCCGGACUCCAGCGCUGUACCUGAACAGGUGCCUUCGAGUCGAAUCUUUCCCGACCUCUCAUUUAGAUUUCCUGUCGGCCCACUCAGGACGCCAGGCUCCUCGCUUUGUUUUUUAAAAUUUCUGAUCAUGCUCAGAUACAUCGGCUUGAUGCCGUCACACGAUCAGCUGUCACGUCACGUGAUGGGAGGAGCUUCUGUUCACAUUGUCGAUGUUCGUCAGGACUGCGAAGGCUCAAAGGAACAGUUCAACGUUUUGAUGAAUCCUCGUCUGUGUGAGAGUCGGACAUUCAGCACCGCCAAAUCGAAGCCGCUUCAAGUAAACACAAAUCUGAGAUCGUGCUCUUUUGUUUUCUGCUCAUAAUAUUUUUGAUUAAAUUAAUAUCAAACAGUCAGCUGGUUAGUUUCUUUUUUUAAACAUCAAAGUCUAGAAAGAAGUCAAAGAUGUCUUUAAAAUUUAAACCAGCAGCUCAGAAAUGCUGAACAGCUGCCAAAGCCGUGAAACAGAAACGAUUAGUUAUUAAAUACAUCAUCGCUUUAAAUUCAUGCGUAAACUGCUGCUCCAGAUUCAGUCAGUUCGUUAUGUCCAACAGCGAAUCAUCAUUUCACUCAAACGUUUCCUGAUUUUACAAACUGAACAUUUUCUGACUUUUUGAUCAAAAAGAAAAAAAAAUCACGUUUUAGUGACCUUAAAAAAUAAAAAAAAAAUUUUAACCAGCUGAUUAUUUUCACCAGUAAUCAGUACUCCGUUAAAAAAAUAGAAAUGAAAAAAUAAUCCCGUUAACUG